AUGCCUUUCAGUCCUUGGAUCAACGAUACCGAGAGCAUGGUCAGAGAUUAUGUGGAGAAAGAGACCAACGGCAACAGACAAACCGGACCCGGUGAUCACGAGCUGGCUCAAUUCGAAAAGUGGGCUAAGAACGACGACUUCAAGAAGGUGAUGAUGGACGUCCUCAAGGCUAGAUUGGAGUUAGAUUGGCCUCACAACUAUAAAGCCUUAACCAUAUUAGGUAAAAUGCCUGAAGGAGAACUGGAGGGAUUAGAAGAGAAGUUGGGCAAAUUAGCGGAUUCAGCUCAGACAGUGGAAGGAUUCAAAUUCCUUAAAGAGCUGGCCAAACCUUUACACGAAAAGGCCAAAGCUGCAAUUGCCAAGAAAGAGGAAGAGGAGAUGAAGAAAAAACAAGCGGCGAUUCAAGCGAUGUGGGGAGGAUUAUGGGCGAAUGACGGAUACAUCGCUCCUACGUUGCAAUACGGUGGAUACAUGGGGUGGCCUUACCCAUACAACGCCCCUCCAGGAAUAGCAAGAGCUGCUAUGGCAGAAUGGCCCGGUAAGCCUCCUGAUGGAUGGUCCCCGACUAAGAUAACUGCCUUGCCGCAGAUCUACCCCAUGUCGAGAACCGGUUAUUACGCUACCCAGCCUGAACAAAAGGAUACCCCUAAGCCUCCAUCGAAUUGGACGGUGUAUGUGGGAAUAGGUUCUAAUCCGUGA